AUGGAAUCGCCAGAUUCACGUUACGCUUCGUCCCCCGAGGUUCUUCAGGAACACUCUUCGCCGCGGCAAUUACCGAAUCCAGACCAUAUGGAGAAGGGCAUAUAUAUGAAGUUCCUUAUAUCUAAUGCUGAAGCGGGUUCUAUUAUUGGAAAAGGAGGCUCAACAAUCAGUGAUUUUCAGUCACAGUCUGGGGCACGGAUUCAGUUGUCACGCAACUUUGAGUAUUUCCCAGGAACAUCUGACAGAAUUAUUAUGGUUUCUGGGGCAGUUGAUGACAUACUCAAGGGGAUUGAUUUAAUUCUUGCUAAAUUGCUGAAUGAGUUUUAUGCUGAAGAUGAUGGUGAUGUUGACCCAAGAUCAAAAGUUAGACUGAUUGUCCCCAAUAGCUCUUGUGGUGGAAUAAUUGGGAAGGGAGGAGCCACCAUAAACAUGGGAGAAGGGGCGGAACUGCACACUUUCGUGUUCAGAGCAUUGUCUAAGUCAUUUAUUGAAGACUCUCAAGCUGGCAUUAAGAUAUCCCCUCAGGAUAAUAAUUAUCUUGGUUUGAAUGAUCGGCUAGUAACACUAACCGGUACGCUGGAGGAACAAAUGCGUGCUAUAGAAUUGAUUCUAUUGAAGUUGGCAGAGGAUCCUUCUUACAUACAGUCCACUAAUGCUCCAUUUCCAUAUGCAGGUAUGGAUUUUUAA